UCAGAGAAGGCACAGGAUGGAAAACUCAUGAUGAAUUGUUAGGGCAUGUUGAGUUGGUUCUGUCAAUGCCUGCAGUCAGAUGAUUUCACUGGCUGUACAAGAUGAAAUCUCAUAUUUCAAUGUAUAAGUAAAAGUGUCAAAGUUCAGCUGAAGCAGGGACGAAUACAGAACAAUUUUUUUGUGUGUAUUUGUAACUAGGGCACCAGAGCAAUAGAGGAAGCCAAAAUGAGCCGGAAAAGCAAAAGGACUUUAAAGGAGAAAUUUGCCUUGAAGAACAGAUUGGUUAAAGAAGCCCUCUCAGAAUUCCUGGGAACUUUUAUACUGAUAGCACUUGGAUGUGGGUGCGUGGGACAGGCUGUCCUUAGCCGAGGAGCCCAUGGUGGGCCCAUGACAGUAUCAGUUGGAUUUGCAAUGGCAGUCACCAUAGCAGUGUAUGUGUCUGGGGGCGUUUCUGGUGGUCACAUAAACCCAGCCGUUUCAUUAGCCAUGUGCGUGACUGGAAGAUUAAAAUGGACCAAAUUACCAAUUUACAUAUUAGCACAACUCCUGGGAGCAUUUGUUGGAGCAGCGGCUGUCUUUGGGAUUUAUUACGAUGCCUUUAUGGAGUACAGCAAUGGAACGCUUGAAGUCACAGGACCUAAUGCAACAGCACAUAUCUUUGCAACAUAUCCAGCUCCAUAUCUGUCCCUCAUAAAUGGAUUUGCAGAUCAGGUGAUAUCAACAGCUGUUCUUCUUCUGGCUAUAUUUGCUAUUUUUGACACCAGAAAUAACAGCGUACCAAAGGGCCUGGAGCCAAUUGCAGUAGGACUACUUAUAAUUGUUCUUACUUGCUCCUUGGGAAUGAACAGUGGCUGUGCCAUGAACCCGGCCAGGGAUCUAGGCCCAAGGCUCUUCACAGCCAUUGCGGGAUGGGGGAUGGAAGUAUUCACGGCUGGAAAUAAUUGGUGGUGGGUCCCUAUAGUUGCACCUAUGCUGGGAGGCAUACUUGGAGCAAUGAUCUAUAUUGUUUUUAUUGAAAUUCAUCACUCAGAUACUCAGCCAGGAGAAGAAAAUGACGUGUAUGAUAAAUAUGAACUGACCAAUCUGGAGUAAGAAGUGAAGAAUUUUCUCUCUCAUUUUGUUGUGCAGUUUUUAUGCAAAUGAUUUUAUAAAAGCUCUAUGCCUCAAUUAGAAAUUCACAUUUCAAAGCAGAAAAUCUAUAUAGAAGACAAAUUCAAAACUGACCUCUUUCCAUGAAACAUCAGGCUGAUCACAUUCAAAACUGGAAACUUGAGGGUGGGAAGGGUAAAUUGUUGUUCUUUUCAUAUUGUUUUCAGAUGAAGUUAUCUCCUAGAUGAAACUGUAGUGGGAUGAUGCAUUGACCUGUUAAUUCAACACAUAUGAUCUUAAUCAUGUUGCCUAAUUAACUGAAAAUAGAUGAGAUAUUGUUACGAAACUGUAUGCAUAGGUAGUUAAUUGGUUCAGUGUUGAAGUAAUGUGUAAGAGCAUCACUCAAUUCUUACAGCCACUGUUUAAGAAUGGCUUGUCUGAAAAUUAAAAACAAUAGCUGAAUUGCCUAAAUGUCAAUUAAAGUAGUUUUAAAUAACUUACUAAAUUUUUAUGGAGUCACUAAUUGAACAGUAAGGAAUCAACUCAUCAGUGAUGAGGUUCAGUAAUUCAGAAUGUGAUUGCAAAAGGUAAAAACUCUGUAUUAUAAGAUCAACAUCAAAACCACAAAGCUGUACUUCUGCACAGGUUCUUCACAACAAUAAUGUUCAGUUAUUUUUAAACUAUUUACUUGACCUUUAUGCUACCCAGUAUAAAAAGCCUAACCUAGAAUAUUAAUCUGAACCUCUUCCGCUGUGCUUUCUGGAUAAAAUUCACUUCUGUGGAGAUAGGCCAGCAACAGAGGCUUAUGCUGCGCAGAGGUCAGCACAAGGCCUAUGUCUGUAUAAGCUUUAAAGAGGCCUGCUGCUGCUGAUCUACAUGGGGGGAUUUCAUCUACUUUGUGAGUAGUUUUUAUUUUGGUAGCAGUAAUUAAAAUUAGAAACUGAUCUCAGACCUAGUCCUAGAUCUGAAUUCCCCAAGGCAGGCCAGCUCCACAUCAGAGUUCUGAAGUGUGCAUUCUCUCUCACUAAAGAGAAAUGGUUGGACAUACACCAUUUUCGAAAUAUCCAGCCUUGAAAAAUGAAAUUAUUUCUGCUUAAACACUGUGAAUUGAAUUUAUCCAAUUAAAUCAAAGUUCAUUUCUAAUAUAUAUACAUAUAUAUACACAGGUGGUGGUGAUCAUGAAUAGACAUCCCAUUCAGUGAUGCUCUUGAGCAGUUUUCAUGGCAAAAUUACAGGGUACAAGUUCAAUGCACUCCUUUUAGGGUACUGUUCUCUUUGGAUUCCUACAAUUCUGCUCCCUAGAAUUCCACACUAUUUUCUGAUUUCACUCCUGAAGGGAGGAACCCUUCGUGUUGCCAGUACUAGCCUGGGCACUUUGGUGAGAUAUCCACAGAAAUGGUUUGGAAAAUUCCGUGGUCAGAAUCUGCCUCAGCAUUUGGGCAGAUCAGGUCUGUGUCACUUCAUGUCUUUAUCACACUCCCUGGUAUGCCAUGCCAAAUUAAUGGCAGCAAAGGGAUAGAAUUAGCAGGUCAAGCAAAGCUUUGCUUGCUGCAGCUGUAAAUCAGAUAAUGCUGUAUACUCAAGGGAGCAUCAUUCCAAUUUUAAUUAUGUUUUUGAGGAAAACUU